AUGAAGUACAUUGUUUUCUUAGGGCUUUUUGCCUUGUCGGCCGCUUUCCCUGGUAUCAUCCACCAGGAGGCCCCACAGCUCUCUGAGAGUUAUGACCAUCAAGCUCUCAUUGGCGAAUCAGGACAUCAUCAUCAGGUUCAACAUGAGCAUGCCAAAUCACAUCAAUCUAUUAAAUUCGAGCACUUCCACCCAGUGCCCGUCUAUGUCAAGAAAGAACACAGCCAUCUCCUGAAACACCCUCUUGAGAAGGGUCAUUCUGAACAAAACUUAAAACAAAUUCACCCUGAAACCCAACACAGCCAUGGUGGUGGCCUUGUCUUGGAAGACCAUAGACUCGACACUGAACAUUUUGCUGCUAGUCUCGGUCAUGGAGGAUAUGAGCAUGGUCUUGAACAAGGAUCAUUGGAACAAGGAGGAUUAGAACACGCAGGUCUUCAUCAAGGUGGCUAUGAACAAGGAGGCUUAGAACAUUAUUCUUCUGGAAGCUACGAAGGAGGCGAAGGAUUGAAGGCAUACGCUGAAUCUCAGCCUGAAAUUCAGGGACACUACUAUUCUGAACACGCUCAAGCUCUUUCAGGGAACAGCGGAGAGGGCUACAAAUUCGAACACUAU